CGGUAUCCAUUCAGUUCUCAGGUCUCCCCCGCUCUCUCUCUCUCUCACUUCUGGCUCUCUCACUUGCUCUCACUGCCUGGCUCUCCCUCUCACUCUCCCACUCUCCCAGGCUCUCCCACUCCCCCUCUGAAGACAAACAGACAGACAGACAAGAUGGCGGGACUGUUUCUAAGAAGUAUUCUGGUAUACACACUGACAAUCCGCUGUGGUGCUUCUUUUCAUAACACAGAUGAAGGAUAUGGAGCCGUGGCGGACGAUAACACGAGGCCACGGCCCGUUGAGUUACCAUGGUCCCCUUCCCUUGAACGAGAGAUGGCGCGCAGAGGAGCGACAGAGAGCAGCUCGGAGCACGUGCAGCCUUUGGAAUCUGAUCACUGGAGGUCGAUAGAUACCCUGAGUCCCCGCCAGGAAGAGGAGAGGCCGCUGGUACCCAUAGAAAUUGAAUUAUCACAGAGAACUCGUGCGCAGUUGGAUACACUGUCUCGCUCGGCCCACCUUGCACAACCUCGAUUUGGUCUCGAAACGCCGCUCGACCCUCUGUCCUCCUCCUCCAGUCUAAAAUACGUGCAUGAGGGCGAUUUGCUGAAGUUACGCCUGGUUUUGGAUAAUCUAACCCUUGCAGGGCUCAGUUCGUUGUCAGUUCAAGAGGUUACAUUCCAGCGCGGAUCGGCAGGAGAGGAUCUAGGCAGGCAUGAGUCAACUGACGGAGGAGGAAGACACGGGCGGAGGAAUGGUCGGCGAGCAGCGAGUAGUUCUGGUUUGGUGCGGGCUGCCUUCUCUCAGGUAGUAGUGAGGGCCAAGUACCAAGUGAGAGGCAGUGCUGGGGGCUUCCUUACCUUCAGGGAGAGUGGGAAUUUGACUCUCACUGCCCCGACUGUGUUUUUGACUUCCCGCCUCUCUCUCAUCCUGCCGCCGCCGCCUCCUCGGUCAUCGCCGCGCUCUGUUACAACACCCCACAGGCGUCACGGGGGCAGGGUGAAGGUGGUGAGGGUGAGGAGUGAGGUGACUACGGGCCCCACCACCCUGACCAUCCAACCUGCCGCCCAUCCGCCUAAGUGGGUGAGGCAGCAGGUGCAGACAAAGCUGGAGGAGUUAUCGAGGGACCUCAGCCAUGGACACGGGGCGGUGCGGCGUCUCCUGCACCUGUGGGGAAAGCUCCUGAAGAGACUGAUCCACCGCACUGCUCGCGCCAUUGCCUAGACGCCCUUCACUUUCACCAACCCACUCACCAAGCCACCAAGCCAGCCAAGCACGUGGCAUUUGUGGUAUGGGAAAACAAAGAAGGUGUUAUAUUGAAGUUAAGGAUUAGAGUGGUGUUACUGGGAAGACAUUAGUGAGUAUUAGUGUGAUAAGAUGAAUGAUGCGUACAAUAAGGUUUUAUUGUUCGUGUAUUUAAGAGAUGAAUGUUUUAAGAAAGGAAUUGCGUCUUAACUAUGAUAGGGAUUAAAAAAAAAGAAGUAAAGAUUAAGGUGGUGCUAUUGAAGGGAAAGCAUUGGUGAGCAUUAUAGGAUGAAUUAUUACAAGGUUUCAUUGUUCGUGUAUUAUAUUAAAGAUGAAUGAUGCAAGGGCUACAGCAGUGGUUCUCAUCCUGGCUGGGGGCCAUGGCAACAAUUUAAGGCGGCCAUGGCAAACUGUUACAAGUUUUAAAAUUCUAAUUCAUUUUGGAAAUCUGAAUAAAAAAUUGUAUAACUGUCCUCGCAUAAGAAAAUUUUUCUUUUAAUUGAUUGACGAUAAAAAAAAAAAAACAGUAGCGACACAGUGAUGUUACGUAUGCAUGUGUCCGUGUGUGUGAAAUUGUUAUUGUUUGUGCAAUGUCGGAGUGAGGUUUGGGAGGUAAAUGAAGGGGAGCCACGCGAUUGUUAGGAAUUCAUGAAGGGGAUAUGGAGACAGAAAGGAUGAGAACCAGUGGGCUAGUGGGCUAGAGUUUGUUUUAAAGCAGUGGUUCCCAACCUUUUGGCACUCGCGACCCCUUAACCAAAAAGUUUGAAACCCAUGUGACCCCCUACUAGGGCUUACUAUCAGCAGCUUAAUUUUGUUUUUAUUUUCUGUGAAGGCGAGGAAAGAAAUAUCUAAAAAGCAUUUAAAAAUCCUGUAAUUACACAGGCAUAUUCACUCACAGGCACGCAUACACACACCCAUAAUAUCACGUAAUGACAUUGAACUAAUGUAGCACAAGCUUUUUUUUUUCACCGAUAAAAAAGAAAAAAUGUAAGAGCAUAAAAAAAAUGUAAUUGAUGAGAUAAAAUUAAUAUUAUCCCAAUCUACUUCUGGCAAGGCUACGCGACCCCCUGCCAAGGCUUCGCGACCCCCCAGGGGGUUACGACUCACCGGUUGGGAACCCCUGUUUCAAAGAGAAGAAAAACGUUUUUAUUAUGACAGAUAUGACAAAAAAAAAAAAAAGACAAAAUUUGAGGUUGCGCCACUGAUUGAAAGGGGAAUAAAGAGUUGGUUGUUAUGAGACAUGGAUGAUUUUAAAAGAAAGAUAAGAUGCGUCUUUAUCAUGAUAGUUAUGAUCAAAAUAAGAUGAAAAAUAAGUAAAGUAAAGAUUAAUUAACUUCUUGUCAAGGGAGGGGGAAAAUUGAACGAACAUUGCCAUUAUAAGAGACAAGGUUGAUAUAAAAGAAUUAGUUGAUACAUUCCCUCAUAAAGAGUAUAUCCUGUUCACCUUUUCAGUUUACCUGGGCACACCUGAGGAAAGUACAGGUGUUAAUUGGAGAACUGAUGUAGAAGUUUGAAUAUCAUAAUAAUGACCUUUAAUUUCACGUAUAUUAAGGGCUGUUUUCCUUUGAUAUACUUGUUAGACGAUAUUGUUGUUGAGAGAGAGAGAGAGAGAGAGAGAGAGAGAGAGAGAGAGAGAGUGUGUGUGUGUGUGUGUGUGUGUGUGUGUGUGUGUGUGUGUUGUAUAGGGUUGCCAUAUGUCCAAAUUUCUCGAACAUGUCCGGAAUUCACCUGUUGAAAUCUGUCUCUGGGGAUAUUUUUGAAACUUCCUUAAAUGUCUGGAAUUUCAGCUUCCAUCAAUGACUGUUAAAAAAAAAUGUAUUUCUAUAGGUUGAAAUGGUGGGAGAAAAGAAGGGAGAAGGGUUUACUGGAUGGCAGCUGCUUUGGUCUGGUUUUGCUCAUUAGUUAACGAAAAUAAAUAGAUAAAUAAAUGAAUGAAUAAAUAAAUAACAAGAGGAGUGAUGGAAGAGAAGGAGGAGAAUAAAAGAGGAAGAGGA